AGUUAUUUUAAUUAAAAAUUAAAGUGCUUUUCGAUAGGAAAAAUUACUUUUACGUUACCGUGUCCUCGCAUGCUGAAUCACGCAAGAUGUCGACGCUAGAAGACAGGGCGAUAUGGGAAGAUGGAGAGGAAUCUCUGGGCGAGGAGGUGUUACGGAUGUCCAAUGAUGAAAUUGUUAGUAGAACACGCUUACUGGACAAUGAAAUUAAGAUAAUGAAAUCAGAGAUCAUGCGCAUAUCACAUGAGCUUCAAGCACAAAAAGAAAAGAUCAAAGAGAACACAGAAAAGAUUAAAGUCAACAAGACUUUACCAUACCUCGUCUCCAAUGUUAUUGAGCUGCUGGAUAUGGACCCUCAGGAUGCUGGAGAAGAGGAUGGUGCCAACAUUGAUCUUGAUGCUCAAAGAAAGGGCAAAUGUGCUGUUAUCAAAACCUCCACACGUCAGACCUAUUUCUUGCCAGUCAUUGGUCUAGUGGAUGCAGAACAGCUGAAACCUGGAGACCUUGUGGGCGUGAAUAAGGAUUCCUAUUUGAUUCUUGAGACCCUUCCACAAGAGUAUGAUUCUCGUGUGAAGGCUAUGGAAGUAGAUGAGAGACCAACAGAACAGUACAGUGACAUUGGAGGCUUGGACAAACAAAUCCAAGAGCUGAUUGAGGCUGUAGUGCUACCUAUGACACAUAAAGAAAGAUUUGAAGCUUUGGGCAUCCAGCCACCCAAAGGUGUACUUCUGUAUGGAGCUCCAGGAACUGGCAAGACACUGUUGGCUCGAGCUUGUGCUGCACAGACCAAAUCCACUUUCUUGAAACUGGCAGGACCACAGUUGGUGCAGAUGUUUAUUGGUGAUGGUGCAAAGUUGGUGCGGGAUGCUUUUGCUCUAGCCAAAGAAAAAGCACCAGCAAUUGUUUUCAUUGAUGAACUUGAUGCUAUUGGUACCAAGCGUUUUGACAGUGAAAAAGCUGGUGAUCGUGAAGUGCAACGCACGAUGCUAGAACUGCUAAAUCAGAUGGAUGGAUUUCAGCCCAACUCUAUGAUAAAGGUCAUAGCAGCAACUAAUCGUGUAGACAUUCUUGACCCUGCUUUGUUGCGCUCUGGUCGUCUGGAUCGCAAGAUAGAGUUCCCUCAUCCAAAUGAGGAAGCCCGUGCACGUAUCAUGCAAAUUCAUUCUCGUAAAAUGAAUGUCAGCAAAGAUGUGAACUUUGAAGAACUGGCCCGUUGUACUGAUGACUUCAAUGGAGCUCAGCUGAAAGCGGUCUGUGUAGAAGCUGGCAUGAUUGCUAUGAGACGUGAAGGUACAGAGUUGACCCAUGAGGACUACAUGGAUGCCAUCAUCGAAGUGCAAGCCAAGAAGAAAACCAAUCUUCAGUACUAUGCCUAAUGUGGUCUCAAGUCUCUUUCACUUGCCCCUCCUUUGUUGUCAUGGAGCUCUUCUCUUUCUUGCUGAGAUACACAACAGAAAGUUUGAGGAGAAAAGAAAUAGAAAGGUGACCACAGCCCAUCUUUAUCCUUGUUGUUUCCUUGCGCAGUACAGCAAACAUUUUAAAGUCUUAAGAACACAUUGUCAUUAAUAGUGAAACUGGAGGAUGUAUAUAGUCUGUUGUAGAACUGCAAAUGUCAUUGCAGACCAUUGAUUUGUUGUGCUAGGCUGCUGAGCAAAAGAUGGGGACUGGGCAUUGUCUGAUGUGAGUUCAUGCUUUUGUUUUAAUGGAUUUUGUAAAUAAAGCCCUAUGGUAUUUUUGGGCUCAAAGAUG